AUGACCUAUGAGCCCGAGCACCAGGGGGCGCGGGCGGGUCACGACGGGCGCACACACACACCGCGGACAGACGGGGAACACACACAUACACACACACCGAAGACGACCGAGGCAGCCGCACCCGACACCUGCACGACGUGUGGAAAACGGUUCAAGCACCGCACGCAUUUUAAGCGACACCUCCUCUUACAUGCCAAAUUAAAACCUUACACCUGCGACACGUGCGACGCGGCGUUCGUACGAAGCGACCAUUUAAAGACACACCAACGAACCCACACCGGUGAGCGACCGUACGUCUGCGAUGUGUGUUCUAGGGCGUUUUCUCACCGGGCCGGGUUAGUGGUGCACAUCCGCCGGCUACACACCGGCGAGCGACCGUACGCCUGCGAUGUGUGCCCUAAAGCGUUUGCAGCUCAAGGUAAGCUAGCGAUACACCGAAGAAUUCACACCGGCGAGCGACCGUACUCUUGUGCGACGUGUAAAAGAAAGUUUAUCUGCUGGACCACAUUAACCAGGCACGAACGGAGUCACGGCGAUGCGAAGCGGUACAGUUGCAAUACUUGUAACAAGGUGUUUAGAAAAAAGACGUGUUUAAAUAAGCAUAAAUGCACAGUAGAAGGCCCACGUUCCUGCGGCGUGUGUGCAGACACGUUUGCAGAUUUAACCAGUUUGAAGGCUCACAUUCAACACGCUCACGGGCCUAAACGACCACUUUACUUUUGCAGCAAGUGUAACAAGCCAUUCAUAAAACACCCAAGUCUAGUGCGGCACGAGCAGACCCACACCGACGACCGGCCGUACAAGUACCCCUGUCAUUUGUGUACGAUAAAGUUUGCAGCCCUCUCCAGUUUACAGAACCAUUUACGACGCCACGGGGAGGGAGUACUCGAGUGCAAAAUAUGUGGGAAACAGUUUGAAGAAUCGAGUAGUUUAGAAGAGCACGAAGAAACACACAGAAUUGAGAAGGCGUACACUUGCGGAAUAUGUUACGAGGGGUUUGACUGUUUGGAUGAUUUUCAAAAUCACGCUCGAAUACACAUGUAAUGAAUGGAUCGAAGCAACUGAAAUGCCAACAUAUUAUAAAGUAAGAUGAGA